GUCUUAUUCCGUACACAAUACGAUAAACAGACCAUCUCUCCACCAAACACUUGUACCAACCGCCACGACAAAGUAUCACCAUUCAAUGAUACCAUCAUAAACGACAUCAGACAUCAUCGCCAACAUGGACCCUCCAAGCCGUCCUCUUCCGCCAAUUUACCACCUCAACCUUGAGUUAAUUCUCAUCCCCCCCAUUCUCUUGGCCAUCGCGACAGCCCUCAGUCUUUUCACCCAUUCCGACACGGACCUGUACAUGCUCUACUCGCAAUGUCAUUCCCACGCCCGUAUCGAAUGGCUCUCUCGCGUUCCCCUGUUUGGUCCUCUCGCCUGCUUUCUCGUGUCUUUCUUCCAAGAGGCUCUCCUCUCUCCGGUCCGCUCCAAAGGCAUCAUGUCUGUCAUCCUCAGCUAUGUCGCCGGUCUGCUAACCAUCACCACGGUCGAGUCCUCUCGUAUCUGCAAUCAAUCGGCCUUCUUCCUCGCCUUCCCCACCGCCACUUGGCUCAUCUUUGACCUCGUUGGCGGCGCCCUAGUCUGGGAGAUCGUCAUCAUUCCCGCCUUCUUCCACCGCGCAAAGCUUGUCAUUCUGGCCCGUCGCCAGGGCACCACCACCUCCGAGGGUGAAGAAGCCGCCGAACCCGAGCUCAUCCUCGGCGCCCCGCGUCACUUGUCCACCCUUGCCGAGUCGAUCUCUAUCCCUGUGUCAAUUGCAAUCGGCUACAUCCUUCCCUCGCUACUCAUUCUCCUCCUUCCGUCAGACCAAACCACCGUCCCCAUUCUCGUCUGGCUCUUCUUCCCUGUCUGGGUGUCCUUCCUCCACCAAGGUGUGCGCACCGCGCUCCUCCAUGUGUUCAGAGACCACCCAACUUGGCCUAGACCCUUCCACCUCGAGACCUCUCUUCUCCCGCUGGUUUUGACCUACGCUGCGCCCAUCUUCUUGUCGCUGGCUUCGCACAUCUACCUUAUCGUCACACUCUUUACCCACCCGCACGACGAUCGGAAGGAAAUGACGCUUGCUACGACACGGUUCAUCAUGGUGAACAUGGUCUUUGUCGGGCUGACGGUCCUGUACUGGGCGUUCAUCGAGGCUGGAUGGCCGACUGCGUUGGUGAUGCUGGUGGUCACGGUGUUGGCGGGCCCAGGAGCGGGAGUGUGUGUGGGAUGGAUAUGGAGGGAAAGUGCGGUGGGGGUGGAUUGGAUUGGACGGAGAUUUGGACCGAGAGCGGCUGUUAUUGCUGUCGCGGUGGGAGGAACCGGCUCGAGGAGAGGGAGUGACGGUGAGCGAGAUGGAGAAAGGGGUCAGGAGGGUGGCAAUGGACCGUCUGAAGAAACGCCGCUUUUGCGAUAG